AAAAAGUUAUUACAUAAUACAAAUCUUGCAAUGUUUCUUUUCUUCAUAAAGAGAAAGACACCAAAAAAAAAUAUACUUAAAAAAAAAAAGACAGCUCGACCUUCAUCUUCCUCGUUAAUUCUUCCUCUUCUCUCACCUACCUCCACCAAUCUCUCUCUGUUCUCUGUGAAUAGAAUACGAAGAAGAAGAAAGAAAGAAAGAUCGAUCGAAGAGUGAUAAUUACAAGCCACCAACUAAAAUCCUUUCUUCAAUUCAACUCUACGCGUCGCUUAGUAGUACCCAAAAGUUUUAAUCUUUUUGAGUUUCCCCAACAGAAAAUCAUUAAUUACCCAUUACUAAUCCAUUUUUCUAGGUUUUCUCUUUUUCCCUGAAAAUUUUUCCUUAUUAAAGAUUGAUUCUUUAUUGCCAUAUUGAUUUUGACCUCUCCAUCACUGUUUUGAGAGAGUACCCAUCACUCCAAGAUUUGAUUUUUUUGGAUUAUCCUUUGAGAAAAUGGCUAAAGUUCUUAAAUCGAGCCAAUCAUGUCAUUUCCCUUCACCUUCAAGCUCUUCUUCUUCUUCUUCUACAUCAUGUGGAGGCAAUGAUGGUGGUAAUAGAGACCCACAUUCUCCUUUUAACAUUUCUCGUCGCGAGGAAGAAGAAGAGGAGGAGAGAAGCGAGAAAGAGAGAGAAAGAUUUGAGCUUUCUUCUGCAUUGGAGAUUUUAGUUUCUGCUAUUAGAAGGUCUGUGAUUGGUGGGUGUGUUGGUGAAGAGGAUCUUUGUUCAAUGGAGAUUGGUGUUCCCACAGAUGUUAGACAUGUCGCUCAUGUCACCUUUGAUCGUUUCCAUGGCUUCCUUGGCUUGCCUGUUGAGUUUGAACCUGAAGUCCCAAGACGAGCUCCUAGUGCAAGUGCUACCGUGUUUGGAGUCUCUACCGAGUCAAUGCAGCUAUCAUAUGAUACUAGAGGGAACGUCGUGCCUACUAUACUUUUGAUGAUGCAGAGUCACUUGUACAGUAGAGGCGGAUUGCGGGUAGAAGGAAUUUUCAGGAUUAAUGGUGAGAAUGCUCAAGAAGAGUACAUAAGGGAAGAGUUGAAUAAAGGUAUUAUACCUGAUAACAUCGAUGUCCACUGCUUAGCAAGUCUCAUUAAGGCUUGGUUUAGGGAACUUCCUAGUGGCGUUUUGGAUUCACUUUCACCAGAGCAAGUAAUGGAGUCUGAGAGUGAAGAUGAGUGUGUGGAACUUGUAAGGCUUCUCCCUUCAACAGAAGCUUCUUUGUUAGAUUGGGCUAUCAAUCUAAUGGCUGAUGUUGUUGAGAUGGAACAACUUAACAAGAUGAAUGCUCGAAACAUUGCCAUGGUUUUUGCACCUAACAUGACUCAGAUGUUGGAUCCAUUGACGGCUCUAAUGUAUGCUGUGCAAGUUAUGAACUUUCUUAAAACACUUAUUGUGAAGACGCUUAAAGACCGAAAAGAAUCUCGAGAUAAGUUGGUUCCAGCCUCAAAUCCGAGUCCUCGGGACCAUAAUGGUGAUCAGAGCAGCAGUAGACAGUUGUUGCAUCUCAUGAAAGCUAACAAGGGGGAAAGUUUAGACAACUUUGAGGCAGAGAUGAAAGACAAAGAAGAGUCUGCAGAUGAAGAAGAAGAAGAAGAAGAAUGUGUGGAAUCUCGAGAACUUGUUGACAUAAAAAAUUCUUCUCUGGUUAACAGCAACAAUGGAGGUUUUGGACAGAAACACAAUGGUUGGGAGGAGCAGAGAACCAUGUCGAAAGCGAGUAGUAUUGUGGGACGUGUGAACUACAGAGUUGAGCUAUUCGAAGCUUGGCGGUGAAAGAAAGGUUAAUUGUUGAUGUUUUUGAUCCAUCUUUUGGAUUUUCUUGAUUCGGGUUUUGUGGGAUGGAUGGAUAGAUGCUUUUGAAUUUUGAUGAUGGUUGCUUGUGUAUCAAGAAAUGCUACGUUUCUGCAUAUAAUGUCAAUGAUAAGUGUCUGUUUCUCUUCUUAA